CUGCGUUCUUCCCCCACCCAGCUGCGUUCUUCCCCACCCAGCUGCGUUCUUCCCCCACCCAGCUGCGUUCUUCCCCCACCCAGCUGCGUUCUUCCCCACCCAGCUGCGUUCUUCCCCCACAGCUGCGUUCUUCCCCCACCCAGCUGCGUUCUUCCCCACCCAGCUGCGUUCUUCCCCCCACCCAGCUGCGUUCUUCCCCCACCCAGCUGCGUUCUUCCCCCACCCAGCUGCGUUCUUUCCCCACCCAGCUGCGUUCUUCCCCCACCCAGCUGCGUUCUUCCCCCACCCAGCUGCGUUCUUCCCCACCCAGCUGCGUUCUUCCCCACCCAGCUGCGUUCUUCCCCACCCAGCUGCGUUCUCCCCCACCCAGCUGCGUUCUUCCCCCACCCAGCUGCGUUCUUCCCCCACCCAGCUGCGUUCUUCCCCCACCCAGCUGCGUUCUUCCCCCACCCAGCUGCGUUCUUCCCCCACCCAGCUGCGUUCUUCCCCCACCCAGCUGCGUUCUUCCCCCACCCAGCUGCGUUCUUCCCCCACCCAGCUGCGUUCUUCCCCCACCCAGCUGCGUUCUUCCCCCACCCAGCUGCGUUCUUCCCCCACCCAGCUGCGUUCUUCCCCCACCCAGCUGCGUUCUUCCCCCACCCAGCUGCGUUCUUCCCCACCCAGCUGCGUUCUUCCCCCACCCAGCUGCGUUCUUCCCCCACCCAGCUGCGUUCUUCCCCACCCAGCUGCGUUCUUCCCCCACCCAGCUGCGUUCUUCCCCCACCCAGCUGCGUUCUUCCCCCACCCAGCUGCGUUCUUCCCCCACCCAGCUGCGUUCUUCCCCCACCCAGCUGCGUUCUUCCCCCACCCAGCUGCGUUCUUCCCCCACCCAGCUGCGUUCUUCCCCACCCAGCUGCGUUCUUCCCCCACCCAGCUGCGUUCUUCCCCCACCCAGCUGCGUUCUUCCCCCACCCAGCUGCGUUCUUCCCCCACCCAGCUGCGUUCUUCCCCCCACCAGCUGCGUGUCUUCCCCCACCCAGCUGCUGCGUUCUUCCCCCACCCAGCUGCGUUCUCCCCCCACCCAGCUGCGUUUCUUCCCCCACCCAGCUGCGUUCUUCCCCCACCCAGCUGCGUUCUUCCCCCACCCAGCUGCGUUCUUCCCCCACCCAUGCUGCGUUUCUCCCCCACCCAGCUUGCGUUCUUCCCCACCCAGCUGCGUCUUCCCCCCACCCAGCUGCGUUCUUCCCCCACCCAGAGCUGCGUUCUUCCCCCACCCAAGCUGCCGUUCUUCCCCCACCAGCUGCGUUCUUCCCCACCCAAGCUGCGUUCUUCCCCCACCCAGCUGCGUUCUUCCCCCACCCAGCUGCGUUCUUCCCCCACCCAGCUGCGUUCUUCCCCCACCCAGCUGCGUUCUUCCCCACCCAGCUGCGUUCUUCCCCACCCAGCUGCGUUCUUCCCCACCCAGCUGCGUUCUUCCCCCACCCAGCUGCGUUCUUCCCCCACCCAGCUGCACGGUUCUUUCCCCCCACCCAGCUGCGUUCUUCCCCCACCCAGCUGCGUUCUUCCCCCCACCCCAGCUGCGUUCUUCCCCCACCCAGCUGGCGUUCUUCCCCCACCCAGCUGCGUUUCUUCCCCCACCCAGCUGCGUUUCUUCCCCACCCAGCUGCGUUCUUCCCCCACCCAGCUGCGUUCUUCCCCCACCAGCUGCGUUCUUCCCCCACCAGCUGCGUUCUUCCCCCACCCAGCUGCGUUCUUCCCCACCCCAGCUGCGUUUUCUUCCCCCACCCAGUUGCGUUCUUCCCCCACCCAGCUGCGUUCUUCCCCCACCCAGCUGCGUUCUUCCCCCCACCCAGCUGCGUUCUUCCCCCCACCCAGCUGCGUUCUUCCCCCACCCAGCUGCGUUCUUCCCCACCCAGCUGCGUUCUUCCCCCACCCCAGCUGCGUUCUUCCCCCACCCAGCUGCGUUCUUCCCCCACCCAGCUGCGUUCUCCCCCCACCCAGCUGCGUUCUUCCCCCACCCAGCUGCGUUCUUUCCCCCACCCAGCUGCGUUCUUGCCCCCCACCCAGCUGCGUUCUUCCCCCACCCAGCUGCGUUCUUCCCCCACCAGCUGCGUUCUUCCCCCACCCAGCUGCGUUCUUCCCCCAUCCAGCUGCGUUCUUCCCCCACCCAGCUGCGUUCUUCCCCACCCAGCUUGCGUUCUUCCCCCACCCAGCUGAGUUCUUCCCCCACCCAGCUGCGUUCUUCCCCCCAACCCAGCUGCGUUCUCCCCACCCAGCUGCGUUCUUCCCCCACCCAGCUGCGUUCUUCCCCCACCCAGCUGCGUUCUUCCCCACCCAGCUGCGUUCUUCCCCCACCCAGCUGCGUUCUUCCCCCCACCCAGCUGCGUUCUUCCCCCACCCAGCUGCGUUCUUCCCCCACCCAGCUGCGUUCUUCCCCACCCAGCUGCGUUCUUCCCCCACCCAGCUGCGUUCUUCCCCCACCCAGCUGCGUUCUUCCCCCACCCAGCUGCGUUCUUCCCCCACCCAGCUGCGUUCUUCCCCCACCCAGCUGCGUUUCUCCCCACCCAGCUGCGUUCUUCCCCCCCCCACCCAGCUGCGUUCUUCCCCCACCCAGCUGCGUUCUUCCCCCACCCAGCUGCGUUCUUCCCCACCCAGCUGCGUUCUUCCCCCACCCAGCUGCGUUCUUCCCCCACCCAGCUGCGUUCUUCCCCCACCCAGCUGCGUUCUUCCCCCACCCAGCUGCGUUCUCCCCCACCCAGCUGCGUUCUUCCCCACCCAGCUGCGUUCUCCCCCACCCAGCUGCGUUCUUCCCCCACCCAGCUGCGUUCUUCCCCCACCCAGCUGCGUUCUUCCCCCACCCAGCUGCGUUCUUCCCCCACCCAGCUGCGUUCUUCCCCCACCCAGCUGCGUUCUUCCCCCACCCAGCUGCGUUCUUCCCCACCCAGCUGCGUUCUUCCCCCACCCAGCUGCGUUCUUCCCCCACCCAGCUGCGUUCUUCCCCCACCCAGCUGCGUUCUUCCCCCACCCAGCUGCGUUCUUCCCCCACCCAGCUGCGUUCGCUCCCCCACCCAGCUGCGUUCUUCCCCACCCAGCUGCGUUCUUCCCCCACCCAGCUGCGUUCUUCCCCCCACCCAGCUGCGUUCUUCCCCCACCCAGCUGCGUUCUUCCCCCACCAUGCUGCGUUCUUCCCACCAGCUGCGUUCUCCCCCACCCAUCGCGUUCUUCCCCCCACCCAGCUGCGUUCUCCCCCACCCAGCUGCGUUCUUCCCCCACCCAGCUGCGUUCUUCCCCCACCAGCUGCGUUCUUCCCCCACCCAGCUGCGUCUUCCCCCACCCAGCUGCGUUCUUCCCCCACCCAGCUGCGUUCUUCCCCAACCCAGCUGCAUUCUUCCCCCACCCAGCUGCGUUCUUCCCCACCCAGCUGCGUUCUUCCCCCACCCAGCUGCGUUCUUCCCCCACCAGCUGCGUUCUUCCCCCACCCCAGCUGCGUUCUUCCCCCACCCAGCUGCGUUCUUCCCCCCACCCAGCUGCGUUCUUCCCCCACCCAGCUGCGUUCUUCCCCCCACCCAGCUGCGUUCUCCCCCACCCAGCUGCGUUCUUCCCCCACCCAGCUGCGUUCUUCCCCCACCCAGCUGCGUUCUUCCCCCACCCAGCUGCGUUCUUCCCCCACCCAGCUGCGUUCUUCCCCCACCCAGCUGCGUUCUUUCCCCCCACCCAGCUGCGUUCUUCCCCCACCCAGCUGCGUUUCUUCCCCACCCAGCUGCGUUCUUCCCCCACCCAGCUGCGUUCUUCCCCCACCAGCUGCGUCUUCCCCCCCCACCCAGCUGCUUUCUUCCCCCACCCAGCUGCGUUCUUCCCCCACCCAGCUGCGUUCUUCCCCCACCCAGCUGCGUUCUUCCCCCACCAGCUGCGUUCUUUCCCCCACCCAGCUGCGUUCUUCCCCCACCCAGCUGCGUUCUUCCCCCACCCAGCUGCGUUCUUCCCCCACCCAGCUGCGUUCUUCCCCCCACCCAGCUGCGUUCUUCCCCCACCCAGCUGCGUUCUUCCCCCACCCAGCUGCGUUCUUCCCCACCCAGCUGCGUUCUUCCCCCACCCAGCUGCGUUCUUCCCCCACCCAGCUGCGUUCUUCCCCACCCAGCUGCGUUCUUCCCCCACCCAGCUGCGUUCUUCCCCACCCAGCUGCGUUCUUCCCCCACCCAGCUGCGUUCUUCCCCCACCCAGCUGCGUUCUUCCCCCACCCAGCUGCGUUCUUCCCCCACCCAGCUGCGUUCUUCCCCCCACCCAGCUGCGUUCUUCCCCCACCCAGCUGCGUUCUUCCCCCACCCAGCUGCGUUCUUCCCCCACCCAGCUGCGUUCUUCCCCCCCCAGGUCUUCCCCCGACCCAGCUGCGUUCUUCCCCCACCCAGCUGCGUUCUUCCCCCACCCAGCUGCGUUCUUCCCCCACCCAGCUGCGUUCUCCCCCACCCAGCUGCGUUCUUCCCCCACCCAGCUGCGUUCUUCCCCCACCCAGCUGCGUUCUUCCCCCACCCAGCUGCGUUCUUCCCCCACCCAGCUGCGUUCUUCCCCCACCCAGCUGCGUUCUUCCCCCACCCAGCUGCGUUCUUCCCCCACCCAGCUGCGUUCUUCCCCCCACCCAGCUGCGUUCUUCCCCCACCCAGCUGCGUUCUUCCCCCACCCAGCUGCGUUCUUCCCCCACCAGCUGCGUUCUCCCCCACCCAGCUGCGUUCUUCCCCCACCCAGCUGCGUUCUUCCCCCACCCAGCUGCGUUCUUCCCCCACCCAGCUGCGUUCUUCCCCACCCAGCUGCGUUCUUCCCCCACCCAGCUGCGUUCUUCCCCCACCCAGCUGCGUUCUUCCCCCACCCAGCUGCGUUCUUCCCCCACCCAGCUGCGUUCUUCCCCCCCACCCAGCUGCGUUCUUCCCCCACCCAGCUGCGUUCUUCCCCCACCCAGCUGCGUUCUUCCCCCACCCAGCUGCGUUCUUCCCCCACCCAGCUGCGUUCUUCCCCCACCCAGCUGCGUUCUUCCCCCCACCAGCUGCGUUCUUCCCCCCACCCAGCUGCGUUCUUCCCCCACCCAGCUGCGUUCUUCCCCCCACCCAGCUGCGUUCUUCCCCCACCCAGCUGCGUUCUUCCCCCACCCCAGCUGAGUUCUUCCCCCACCCAGCUGCGUUCUCCCCCCACCCCAGCUGCGUUCUUCCCCCCACCCAGCUGCGUUCUUCCCCCACCCAGCUGCGUUCUUCCCCCACCCAGCUGCGUUCUUCCCCCACCCAGCUGCGUUCUUCCCCACCCAUCUGCGUUCUUCCCCACCCAGCUGCGUUCUUCCCCACCCAGCUGCGUUCUUCCCCCCACCCAGCUGCGUUCUUCCCCCCACCCAGCUGCGUUCUUCCCCCACCCAGCUGCGUUCUUCCCCCACCCAGCUGCGUUCUUCCCCCACCCAGCUGCGUUCUUCCCCCACCCAGCUGCGUUCUCCCCCACCCAGCUGCGUUCUUCCCCCACCCAGCUGCGUUCUUCCCCCACCCAGCUGCGUUCUUCCCCCCACCCAGCUGCGUUCUUCCCCCACCCAGCUGCGUUCUUCCCCCACCCAGCUGCGUUCUUCCCCCACCCAGCUGCGUUCUUCCCCCACCCAGCUGCGUUCUUCCCCCACCCAGCUGCGUUCUUCCCCCACCCAGCUGCGUUCUUCCCCCACCCAGCUGCGUUCUUCCCCCACCCAGCUGCGUUCUUCCCCCACCCAGCUGCGUUCUUCCCCCACCCAGCUGCGUUCUUCCCCCACCCAGCUGCGUUCUUCCCCCACCCAGCUGCGUUCUUCCCCCACCAGCUGCGUUCUUCCCCCACCCAGCUGCGUUCUUCCCCCACCCAGCUGCGUUCUUCCCCCACCCAGCUGCGUUCUUCCCCCCACCCAGCUGCGUUCUCUUCCCCCACCCAGCUGCGUUCUUCCCCCACCCAGCUGCGUUCUUCCCCCACCCAGCUGGCGUUCUUCCCCCACCCAGCUGCGUUCUUCCCCCACCCAGCUGCGUUCUUUCCCCCACCCAGCUGCGUUCCUUCCCCCACCCAGCUGCGUUCUUCCCCCACCCAGCUGCGUUCUUCCCCCACCCAGCUGCGUUCUUCCCCCACCCAGCUGCGUUCUUCCCCCACCCAGCUGCGUUCUUCCCCCACCCAGCUUGCGUUCUUCCCCCACCCAGCUGCGUUCUUCCCCCAUCCCCAGCUGCGUUCUUCCCCCCACCCAGCUGCGUUCUUCCCCCACCAGGUUCUUCCCCAAGCUUGCGUUCUUCCCCCACCCAGCUGCGUUCUUCCCCCACCCAGCUGCGUUCUUCCCCCACCCAGCUGCGUUCUUCCCCCACCAGCUGCGUUCUUCCCCCACCCAGCUGCGUUCUUCCCCCACCCAGCUGCGUUCUUCCCCCACCCAGCUGCGUUCUUCCCCCACCCAGCUGGUUCUUCCCCCACCCAGCUGCGUUCUUCCCCCACCCAGCUGCGUUCUUCCCCCACCCAGCUGCGUUCUUCCCCCACCCAGCUGCGUUUCUUCCCCCACCCAGCUGCGUUCUUCCCCCACCCAGCUGCGUUCUUCCCCCACCCAGCUGCGUUCUUCCCCCACCCAGCUGCGUUCUUCCCCCACCCAGCUGCGUUCUUCCCCCACCCAGCUGCGUUCUUCCCCCACCCAGCUGCGUUCUUCCCCCACCCAGCUGCGUUCUUCCCCCACCCAGCUGCGUUCUUCCCCCACCCAGCUGCGUUCUUCCCCCACCCAGCUGCGUUCUUCCCCCACCCAGCUGCGUUCUUCCCCCACCCAGCUGCGUUCUUCCCCCACCCAGCUGCGUUCUUCCCCCACCCAGCUGCGUUCUUCCCCCACCCAGCUGCGUUCUUCCCCCACCCAGCUGCGUUCUUCCCCCACCCAGCUGCGUUCUUCCCCCACCCAGCUGCGUUCUUCCCCCACCCAGCUGCGUUCUUCCCCCACCCAGCUGCGUUCUUCCCCCACCCAGCUGCGUUCUUCCCCCACCCAGCUGCGUUCUUCCCCCACCCAGCUGCGUUCUUCCCCCACCCAGCUGCGUUCUCCCCCACCCAGCUGCGUUCUUCCCCCACCCAGCUGCGUUCUUCCCCCACCCAGCUGCGUUCUUCCCCCCACCCAGCUGCGUUCUUCCCCCACCCAGCUGCGUUCUUCCCCCCACCCAGCUGCGUUCUUCCCCCACCCAGCUGCGUUCCUCCCCACCCAGCUGCGUUCUUCCCCCACCAGCUGCGUUCUUCCCCCACCCAGCUGCGUCUUCCCCCACCCAGCUGCGUUCUUCCCCCACCCAGCUGCGUUCUUCCCCCCACCCAGCUGCGUUCUUCCCCACCCAGCUGCGUUCUUCCCCCACCCAGCUGCGUUCUUCCCCCCACCCAGCUGCGUUCUCCCCCCACCCAGCUGCGUUCUUCCCCCACCCAGCUGCGUUCUUCCCCCACCCAGCUGCGUUCUUCCCCCACCCAGCUGCGUUCUUCCCCAUCCAGCUCCGUUCUCCCCCACCCAGCUGCGUUCUUCCCCCACCCAGCUGCGUUCUUCCCCCACCCAGCUGCGUUUUUCCCCACCCAGCUGCGUUCUUCCCCCACCCAGCUGCGUUCUCCCCCACCAGCUGCGUUCUUCCCCACCCAGCUGCUUUCUUCCCCCACCCAGCUGCGUUCUUCCCCCACCCAGCUGCGUUCUUCCCCAUUCCAGCUGCGUUCUUCCCCCACCCAGCUGCGUUCUUCCCCCACCCAGCUGCGUUCUUCCCCCACCAGCUGCGUUCUUCCCCCACCCAGCUGCGUUCUUCCCCCACCCAGCUGCGUUCUUCCCCCACCCAGCUGCGUUCUUUCCCCCACCCAGCUGCGUUCUUCCCCCACCCAGCUGCGUUCUUCCCCCACCAGCUGCGUUUUCCCCCACCCAGCUGCGUUCUUCCCCCACCCAGCUGCGUUCUUCCCCCCACCCAGCUGCGUUCUUCCCCCACCCAGCUGCGUUCUUCCCCACCCAGCUGCGUUCUUCCCCCACCCAGCUGCGUUCUUCCCCCACCCAGCUGCGUUCUUCCCCCACCCAGCUGCGUUCUUCCCCCACCCAGCUGCGUUCUUCCCCCACCCAGCUGCGUUCUUCCCCCACCCAGCCUGCGUUCUUCCCCCACCCCAGCUGCGUUCUUCCCCACCCAGCUGCGUUCUUCCCCCACCCAGCUGCGUUCUUCCCCCACCCAGCUGCGUUCUUCCCCCACCCAGUUGCGUUCUUCCCCCACCCAGCUGCGUUCUUCCCCCACCCAGCUGCGUUCUUCCCCCACCCAGCUGCGUUCUUCCCCCACCCAGCUGCGUUCUUCCCCCACCCAGCUGCGUUCUUCCCCCACCCAGCUGCGUUCUUCCCCCACCCAGCACGUUCUUCCCCCACCCAGCUGCGUUCUUCCCCCCACCCAGCUGCGUUCUUCCCCCACCCAGCUGCGUUCUUCCCCCACCCAGCUGCGUUCUUCCCCCACCAGCUGCGUUCUUCCCCCACCCAGCUGCGUUUCUUCCCCCACCCAGCUGCGUUCUUCCCCCACCCAGCUGCGUUCUUCCCCCACCCAGCUGCGUUCUUCCCCCACCCAGCUGCGUUCUUCCCCCACCCAGCUGCGUUCUUCCCCCCACCCAGCUGCGUUCUUCCCCCACCCAGCUGCGUUCUUCCCCCACCCAGCUGCGUUCUUCCCCCACCCAGCUGCGUUCUUCCCCCACCCAGCUGCGUUCUUCCCCCACCCAGCUGCGUUCUUCCCCCACCCAGCUGCGUUCUUCCCCCACCCAGCUGCGUUCUUCCCCCACCCAGCUGCGUUCUUCCCCCACCCAGCUGCGUUCUUCCCCCACCCAGCUGCGUUCUUCCCCCACCCAGCUGCGUUCUUCCCCCACCCAGCUGCGUUCUUCCCCCACCCAGCUGCGUUCUUCCCCCACCCAGCUGCGUUCUUCCCCCACCCAGCUGCGUUCUUCCCCCACCCAGCUGCGUUCUUCCCCCCACCCAGCUGCGUUCUUCCCCCACCCAGCUGCGUUCUUCCCCCACCCAGCUGCGUUCUUCCCCCACAACAGCUGCGUUCUUCCCCCACCCAGCUGCGUUCUUCCCCCACCCAGCUGCGUUCUUCCCCCACCCAGCUGCGUUCUUCCCCCACCCAGCUGCGUUCUUCCCCCACCCAGCUGCGUUCUUCCCCCACCCAGCUGCGUUCUUCCCCCACCCAGCUGCGUUCUUCCCCCACCCAGCUGCGUUCUUCCCCCACCCAGCUGCGUUCUUCCCCCACCCAGCCUGCGUUCUUCCCCCACCCAGCUGCGUUCUUCCCCCACCCAGCUGCGUUCUUCCCCCACCCAGCUGCGUUCUUCCCCCACCCAGCUGCGUUCUUCCCCCACCCAGCUGCGUUCUUCCCCCACCCAGCUGCGUUCUUCCCCCACCCAGCUGCGUUCUCCCCCACCCAGCUGGCGUUCUUCCCCCACCCAGCUGCGUUCUUCCCCCACCCAGCUGCGUUCUUCCCCCACCCAGCUGCGUUCUUCCCCCACCCAGCUGCGUUCUUCCCCCACCCAGCUGCGUUCUUCCCCACCCAGUGCGUUCUUCCCCCACCCAGCUGCGUUCUUCCCCCACCCAGCUGCGUUCUUCCCCCACCCAGCUGCGUUCUUCCCCCACCCAGCUGCGUUCUUCCCCCACCCAGCUGCGUUCUUCCCCCACCCAGCUGCGUUCUUCCCCCACCCAGCUGCGUUCUUCCCCACCCAGCUGCGUUCUUCCCCCACCCAGCCUGCGUUCUUCCCCCACCCAGCUGCGUUCUUCCCCCACCCAGCUGCGUUCUUCCCCCACCCAGCUGCGUUCUUCCCCCCACCCAGCUGCGUUCUUCCCCCACCCAGCUGCGUUCUUCCCCCACCCAGCUGCGUUCUUCCCCCACCCAGCUGCGUUCUUCCCCCACCCAGCUGCGUUCUUCCCCCACCCAGCUGCGUUCUUCCCCACCCAGCUGCGUUCUUCCCCCACCCAGCUGCGUUCUUCCCCCACCCAGCUUGCGUUCUUCCCCCACCCAGCUGCGUUCUUCCCCCACCCAGCUGCGUUCUUCCCCCACCCAGCUGCGUUCUUCCCCCACCCAGCUGCGUUCUUCCCCACCCAGCUGCGUUCUUCCCCCACCCAGCUGCGUUCUUCCCCCACCCAGCUGCGUUCUUCCCCCACCCAGCUGCGUUCUUCCCCCACCCAGCUGCGUUCUUCCCCCCACCCAGCGCGUUCUCCCCAGCCGUCUUCCCCCACCCAGCUGCGUUCUUCCCCACCCAGCUGCGUUCUUCCCCCACCCAGCUGCGUUCUUCCCCCACCCAGCUGCGUUCUUCCCCCACCCAGCUGCGUUCUUCCCCCACCCAGCUGCGUUCUUCCCCCACCCAGCUGCGUUCUUCCCCCACCCAGCUGCGUUCUUCCCCCACCAGCUGCGUUCUUCCCCCACCCAGCUGCGUUUCUUCCCCCACCCAGCUGCGUUCUUCCCCCACCCAGCUGCGUUCUUCCCCCACCCAGCUGCGUCUUCCCCCACCCAGCUGCGUUCUUCCCCCACCCAGCUGCGUUCUUCCCCCACCAGCUGCGUUCUUCCCCCACCCAGCUGCGUUCUUCCCCCACCCAGCUGCGUUCUUCCCCCACCCAGCUGCGUUCUUCCCCCCACCAGCUGCGUUCUUCCCCCACCCAGCUGCGUUCUUCCCCCCACCCAGCUGCGUUCUUCCCCCACCCAGCUGCGUUCUUCCCCCACCCAGCUGCGUUCUUCCCCCACCCAGCUGCGUUCUUCCCCCACCCAGCUGCGUUCUUCCCCCCACCCAGCUGCGUUCUUCCCCACCCAGCUGCGUUCUUCCCCCACCCAGCUGCGUUCUUCCCCCACCCAGCUGCGUUCUUCCCCCACCCAGCUGCGUCUUCCCCCACCCAGCUGCGUUCUUCCCCCACCCAGCUGCGUUCUUCCCCCCACCCAGCUGCGUUCUUCCCCCCACCCAGCUGCGUUCUUCCCCCACCCAGCUGCGUUCUCCCCCACCCAGCUGCGUCUCUUCCCCCACCCAGCUGCGUUCUUCCCCCACCCCAGCUGCGUUCUUCCCCCACCCAGUGCGUUCUUCCCCCACCCAGCUGCGUUCUUCCCCCACCCAGCUGCGUUCUUCCCCCACCCAGCUGCGUUCUUCCCCCACCCAGCUGCGUUCUUCCCCCCACCCAGCUGCGUUCUUCCCCCACCCAGCUGCGGUUUCUUCCCCCACCCGCUGGCGUUCUUCCCCCACCCAGCUGCGUUUCUUCCCCCACCCAGCUGCGUUCUUCCCCCACCCAGCUGCGUUCUCCCCCCACCAGCCUGCGUUCUUCCCCCACCCAGCUGCGUUUUCCCCCCCAGCUGCGUUCUUCCCCCCACCCAGCUGCGUUCUUCCCCACCCAGCUGCGUUCUUCCCCCACCCAGCUGCGUUCUUCCCCCCACCCAGCUGCGUUCUUCCCCCACCCAGCUGCGUUCUUCCCCCCACCCAGCUGCGUCUUCCCCCCACCCAGCUGCGUUCUUCCCCACCCAGCUGCGUUCUUCCCCCCACCCAGCUGCGUUCCUUCCCCCCACCCCAGCUGCGUUCUUCCCCCCCACCCAGCUGCGUUCUCCCCCACCCAGCUGCGUUCUUCCCCCACCCAGCUGCGUUCUUCCCCCACCCAGCUGCGUUCUUCCCCCACCCAGCUGCGUUCUUCCCCCACCCAGCUGCGUCUUCCCCCACCCAGCCUACGUUCUUCCCCCACCCAGCUGCGUUCUUCCCCCACCCAGCUGCGUUCUUCCCCCACCCAGCUGCGUUCUUCCCCCACCCAGCUGCGUUCUUCCCCCACCCAGCUGCGUUCUUCCCCCACCCAGCUGCGUUCUUCCCCCACCCAGCUGCGUUCUUCCCCCACCCAGCUGCGUUCUUCCCCCACCCAGCUGCGUUCUUCCCCCACCCAGCUGCGUUCUUCCCCCACCCAGCUGCGUUCUUCCCCCACCCAGCUGCGUUCUUCCCCCACCCAGCUGCGUUCUUCCCCCACCCAGCUGCGUUCUUCCCCCACCCAGCUGCGUUCUUCCCCCACCCAGCUGCGUUCUUCCCCCACCCAGCUGCGUUCUUCCCCCACCCAGCUGCGUUCUUCCCCCACCCAGCUGCGUUCUUCCCCCACCCAGCUGCGUUCUUCCCCCACCCAGCUGCGUUCUUCCCCCACCCAGCUGCGUUCUUCCCCCACCCAGCUGCGUUCUUCCCCCACCCAGCUGCGUUCUUCCCCACCCAGCUGCGUCUCCCCCCCACCCAGCUGCGUUCUUCCCCCCACCCAGCUGCGUUCUCCCCCACCCAGCUGCGUUUCUUCCCCACCCCAGCUGCGUUCUUCCCCCACCCAGCUGCGUUCUUCCCCCACCCAGCUGCGUUCUUCCCCCACCCAGCUGCGUUCUUCCCCCACCCAGCUGCGUUCUUCCCCCACCCAGCUGCGUUCUUCCCCCACCCAGCUGCGUCUUCCCCCACCCAGCUGCGUUCUUCCCCCACCCAGCUGCGUUCUUCCCCCACCCAGCUGCCGUUCUUCCCCCACCCAGCUGCGUUCUUCCCCCACCAGCUGCGUUCUUCCCCACCCAGCUGCGUUCUUCCCCCCACCCAGCUGCGUUCUUCCCCCACCCAGCUGCGUUCUUCCCCCACCCAGCUGCGUUCUUCCCCCCACCCAGCUGCGUUCUUCCCCCACCCAGCUGCGUUCUUCCCCCUACCCACCAGCUGCGUUCUUCCCCCACCCAGCUGCGUUCUUCCCCCACCCAGCUGCGUUCUUCCCCCACCCAGCUGCGUUCUUCCCCCACCCAGCUGCGUUUCUUCCCCCACCCAGCUGCGUUCUUCCCCCACCCAGCUGCGUUCUUCCCCCACCCAGCUGCGUUCUUCCCCCACCCAGCUGCGGUUCUUCCCCCACCCAGCUGCGUUCUUCCCCCACCCAGCUGCGUUUCUUCCCCCACCCAGCUGCGUUCUUCCCCACCCAGCUGCGUUCUUCCCCCCCCGCUGCGUUCUUCCCCCCCCCAGCUGGUUCUUCCCCCACCCAGCUGCGUUCUUCCCCCACCCAGCUGCGUUCUUCCCCCACCCAGCUGCGUUCUUCCCCCACCCAGCUGCGUUCUUCCCCCACCCAGCUGCGUUCUUCCCCCACCAGCUGCGUUCUUCCCCCCACCCAGCUGCGUUCUUCCCCCACCCAGCUGCGUUCUUCCCCCACCCAGCUGCGUUCUUCCCCCACCAGCUGCGUUCUUCCCCCACCCAGCUGCGUUCUUCCCCCACCCAGCUGCGUUCUUCCCCCACCCAGCUGCGUUCUUUCCCCCACCCAGCUGCGUCUUUCCCCCACCCAGCUGCGUUCUUCCCCCACCCAGCUGCGUUCUUCCCCCACCCAGCUGCGUUCUUCCCCCACCAGCUGCGUUCUUCCCCCACCCAGCUGCGUUCUUCCCCCACCCAGCUGCGUUCUUCCCCCACCCAGCUGCGUUCUUCCCCCACCCAGCUGCGUUCUUCCCCCACCCAGCUGCGUUCUUCCCCCACCCAGCUGCGUUCUUCCCCCACCCAGCUGCGUUCUUCCCCCACCCAGCUGCGUUCUUCCCCCACCCAGCUGCGUUCUUCCCCCACCCAGCUGCGUUCUUCCCCCACCCAGCUGCGUUCUUCCCCCACCCAGCUGCGUUCUUCCCCCACCCAGCUGCGUUCUUCCCCCACCCAGCUGCGUUCUUCCCCCACCCAGCUGCGUUCUUCCCCCACCCAGCUGCGUUCUUCCCCCACCCAGCUGCGUUCUUCCCCCACCCAGCUGCGUUCUUCCCCCACCCAGCUGCGUUCUUCCCCCACCCAGCUGCGUUCUUCCCCCACCCAGCUGCGUUCUUCCCCCACCCAGCUGCGUUCUUCCCCCACCCAGCUGCGUUCUUCCCCCACCCAGCUGCGUUCUUCCCCCACCCAGCUGCGUUCUUCCCCCACCCAGCUGCGUUCUUCCCCCACCCAGCUGCGUUCUUCCCCCACCCAGCUGCGUUCUUCCCCCACCCAGCUGCGUUCUUCCCCCACCCAGCUGCGUUCUUCCCCCACCCAGCUGCGUUCUUCCCCCACCCAGCUGCGUUCUUCCCCCACCCAGCUGCGUUCUUCCCCCACCCAGCUGCGUUCUUCCCCCACCCAGCUGCGUUCUUCCCCCACCCAGCUGCGUUCUUCCCCACCCAGCUGCGUUCUUCCCCCACCCAGCUGCGUUCUUCCCCCACCCAGCUGCGUUCUUCCCCCACCCAGCUGCGUUCUUCCCCCACCCAGCUGCGUUCUUCCCCCACCCAGCUGCGUUCUUCCCCCACCCAGCUGCGUUCUUCCCCCACCCAGCUGCGUUCUUCCCCCACCCAGCUGCGUUCUUCCCCCACCCAGCUGCGUUCUUCCCCCACCCAGCUGCGUUCUUCCCCCACCCAGCUGCGUUCUUCCCCCACCCAGCUGCGUUCUUCCCCCACCCAGCUGCGUUCUUCCCCACCCAGCUGCGUUCUUCCCCCACCCAGCUGCGUUCUUCCCCCACCCAGCUGCGUUCUUCCCCCACCCAGCUGCGUUCUUCCCCCACCCAGCUGCGUUCUUCCCCCACCCAGCUGCGUUCUUCCCCCACCCAGCUGCGUUCUUCCCCCACCCAGCUGCGUUCUUCCCCCACCCAGCUGCGUUCUUCCCCCACCCAGCUGCGUUCUUCCCCCACCCAGCUGCGUUCUUCCCCCACCCAGCUGCGUUCUUCCCCCACCCAGCUGCGUUCUUCCCCCACCCAGCUGCGUUCUUCCCCCACCCAGCUGCGUUCUUCCCCCACCCAGCUGCGUUCUUCCCCCACCCAGCUGCGUUCUUCCCCCACCCAGCUGCGUUCUUCCCCCACCCAGCUGCGUUCUUCCCCCACCCAGCUGCGUUCUUCCCCCACCCAGCUGCGUUCUUCCCCCACCCAGCUGCGUUCUUCCCCCACCCAGCUGCGUUCUUCCCCCACCCAGCUGCGUUCUUCCCCCACCCAGCUGCGUUCUUCCCCCACCCAGCUGCGUUCUUCCCCCACCCAGCUGCGUUCUUCCCCCACCCAGCUGCGUUCUUCCCCCACCCAGCUGCGUUCUUCCCCCACCCAGCUGCGUUCUUCCCCCACCCAGCUGCGUUCUUCCCCCACCCAGCUGCGUUCUUCCCCCACCCAGCUGCGUUCUUCCCCCACCCAGCUGCGUUCUUCCCCCACCCAGCUGCGUUCUUCCCCCACCCAGCUGCGUUCUUCCCCCACCCAGCUGCGUUCUUCCCCCACCCAGCUGCGUUCUUCCCCCACCCAGCUGCGUUCUUCCCCCACCCAGCUGCGUUCUUCCCCCACCCAGCUGCGUUCUUCCCCACCCAGCUGCGUUCUUCCCCCACCCAGCUGCGUUCUUCCCCCACCCAGCUGCGUUCUUCCCCCACCCAGCUGCGUUCUUCCCCCACCCAGCUGCGUUCUUCCCCCACCCAGCUUGCGUUCUUCCCCCACCCAGCUGCGUUCUUCCCCCACCCAGCUGCGUUCUUCCCCCACCCAGCUGCGUUCUUCCCCCCACCCCAGCUGCGUUCUCUCCCCCCACCCAGCUGCGUUCUUCCCCCACCCAGCUGCGUUCUUCCCCCACCCAGGCUGCGUUCUUCCCCCACCCAGCUGCGUUCUUCCCCCACCCAGCUGCGUUCUUCCCCCACCCAGCUGCGUUCUUCCACCACCAGCUGCGUUCUUUCCCCCACCAGCUGCGUUCUUCCCCCCACCCAGCUGCGUUCUCCCCCCACCCAGCUGCGUUCUUCCCCCACCCAGCUGCGUUCUUCUCCCCACCCAGCUGCGUUCUCCCCACCCAGCUGCGUUCUUCCCCCCACCCAGCUGCGUUCUUCCCCCACCCAGCUGCGUUCUUCCCCCACCCAGCUGCCUGCGUUCUUCCCCCACCCAGCUGCGUUCUUCCCCCACCCAGCUGCGUUCUUCCCCCACCCAGCUGCGUUCUUCCCCCACCCAGCUGCGUUCUUCCCCCACCCAGCUGCGUUCUUCCCCCACCCAGCUGCGUUCUUCCCCCACCCAGCUGCGUUCUUCCCCCACCCAGCUGCGUUCUUCCCCCACCCAGCUGCGUUCUUCCCCCACCCAGCUGCGUUCUUCCCCCACCCAGCUGCGUUCUUCCCCCACCCAGCUGCGUUCUUCCCCCACCCAGCUGCGUUCUUCCCCCACCCAGCUGCGUUCUUCCCCCACCCAGCUGCGUUCUUCCCCCACCCAGCUGCGUUCUUCCCCCACCCAGCUGCGUUCUUCCCCCACCCAGCUGCGUUCUUCCCCCACCCAGCUGCGUUCUUCCCCCACCCAGCUGCGUUCUUCCCCCACCCAGCUGCGUUCUUCCCCCACCCAGCUGCGUUCUUCCCCCACCCAGCUGCGUUUCUUCCCCCACCCAGCUGCGUUCUUCCCCCACCCAGCUGGCGUUCUUCCCACACCCAGCUGCGUUCUUCCCCCACCAGCUGCGUUCUGUCCCCCCACCCAGCUGCGGUUCUUUUUUUUUUUUUCCCCCGCACCAGCUGCGUUCUUCCCCCACCCCAGCUUGCGUUCUUCCCCACCCCUCUGCGUUCUUCCCCCACCCAGCUGCGUUCUUCCCCCACCCCAGCUGCGUUCUCUUCCCCCACCCAGCUGGGUUUCUUCCCCCACCCAGCUGCGUUCUCCCCCCACCCAGCUGCGUUCUUCCCCCCCCACCCAGCUGCGUUCUUCCCCCACCCAGCUGCGUUCUUCCCCCACCCAGCUGCGUUCUUCCCCCACCCAGCUGCGUUCUUCCCCCACCCAGCUGCGUUCUUCCCCCACCAGCUGCGUUCUUCCCCCACCCAGCUGCGUUCUUCCCCCACCCAGCUGCGUUCUUCCCCCACCCAGCUGCGUUCUUCCCCACCCAGCUGCGUUCUUCCCCACCCAGCUGCGUUCUUCCCCCACCCAGCUGCGUUCUUCCCCCACCAGCUGCGUUCUUCCCUCACCCAGCCUGCGUUCUUCCCCCACCCAGCUGCUUUCCCCCCCCACCCAGCUGCGUUCUUCCCCCACCCAGCUUCGUUCUUCCCCCACCAGCUGCGUUUUCCCCCACCAGCUGCGUUCUUCCCUCCCACCCAGCUGCGUUCUUCCCCCACCCCAGCUGCGUUCUACCCCCCACCCAGCUGCGUUUCUUCCCCCACCCAGCUGCGUUCUUCCCCCACCCAGCUGCGUUCUUUCCCCCACCCAGCUGCGUUCCUCCCCCACCCAGCUGCGUUCUUCCCCCACCCAGUGCGUCUUCCCCCACCCAGCUGCGUUCUUCCCCCACCCAGCUGCGUUCUUCCCCCCACCCAGCUGCGUUUCUUCCCCCCACCCAGCUGCGUUCUUCCCCCACCCAGCUGCGUUCUUCCCCCACCCAGCUGCGGUUCUUCCCCCACCCAGCUGCUGUUCUUCCCCCACCCAGCUGCGUUCUUCCCCCACCCAGCUGCGUUCUUCCCCCACCCAGCUGCGUUCUUCCCCCACCAGCUGCGUUCUUCCCCCCACCCAGCUGCGUUCUUCCCCCACCCAGCUGCGUUCUUCCCCCCACCCAGCUGCGUUUUUCCCCCACCCAGCUGCGUUCUUCCCCCACCAGCUGCGUUCUUCCCCCACCCAGCUGCGUUCUGUCCCCCACCCAGCUGCGUUCUUCCCCCACCCAGCUGCGUUCUUCCCCCACCCAGCUGCGUUCUUCCCCCACCCAGCUGCGUUCUUCCCCCACCCAGCUUGCGUUCUUCCCCCACCCAGCUGCGUUCUUCCCCCACCCAGCUGCGUUCUUCCCCCACCAGCUGCGUUUCUCUCCCCCACCCCAGCUGCGUUCUUCCCCCCACCCAGCUGCGUUCUUCCCCCCAGCGUUCUCCCCCACCCAGCUGCGUUCUUCCCCCACCCAGCUGCGUUCUUCCCCCACCCAGCUGCGUUCUUCCCCCACCCAGCUGCGUUCUUCCCCCACCCAGCUGCGUUCUUCCCCCACCCAGCUGCGUUCUUCCCCCACCCAGCUGCGUUCUUCCCCACCCAGCUGCGUUCUUCCCCCACCCAGCUGCGUUCUUCCCCCACCCAGCUGCGUUCUUCCCCCACCCAGCUGCGUUCUUCCCCCACCCAGCUGCGUUCUUCCCCCACCCAGCUGCGUUCUUCCCCCACCCAGCUGCGUUCUUCCCCCACCCAGCUGCGUUCUUCCCCCACCCAGCUGCGUUUUCCCCCACCCAGCUGCGUUCUUCCCCCACCCAGCUGCGUUCUUCCCCCACCCAGCUGCGUUCUUCCCCCACCCAGCUGCGUUCUUCCCCCACCCAGCUGCGUUCUUCCCCCAACCAGCUGCGUUCUUCCCCCACCCAGCUGCGUUCCCCCCCCACCCAGCUGCGUUCUUCCCCCACCCAGCUGCGUUCUUCCCCCACCCAGCUGCGUUCUUCCCCACCCAGCUGCGUUCUUCCCCCACCCAGCUGCGUUCCCCCCCCACCCAGCUGCGUUCUUCCCCCACCCAGCUGCGUUCUUCCCCCACCCAGCUGCGUUCUUCCCCACCCAGCUGCGUUCUUCCCCCACCCAGCUGCGUUCUUCCCCCACCCAGCUGCGUUCUUCCCCCACCCAGCUGCGUUCUUCCCCCACCCAGCUGCGUUCUUCCCCCACCCAGCUGCGUUCUUCCCCCACCCAGCUGCGUUCUCCCCCCACCCAGCUGCGUUCUUCCCCCACCCAGCUGCGUUCUUCCUCCACCCAGCUGCGUUCUUCCCCACCCAGCUGCGUUCUUCCCCCAUCCAGCUCCCUGCGUUCUUCCCCCACCCAGCUGCGUUCUUCCCCCACCCAGCUGCGUUCUUCCCCCACCCAGCUGCGUUUUUCCCCCACCUAGCUGCGUUCUUCCCCCACCCAGCUGCGUUCGUCCCCCACCCAGCUGCGUUCGUCCCCCACCCAGCUGCGUUCUUCCCCACCCAGCUGCGUUCCUGCAUUCUUCCCCCACCCAGCUGCGUUCUUCCCCACCCAGCUGCGUUCUUCCCCCACCCAGCUGCGUUCUUCCCCCACCCAGCUGCGUUCUUCCCCCACCCAACUGCGUUCUUCCCCCGCCUAGCUGCGUUCUUCCCCCACCCAGCUGCGUUCUUCCCCCACCCAGCUGCGUUCUUCCCCCACCCAGCUGCCUUCUUCCCCCACCCAGCUGCGUUCUUCCCCCACCCAGCUGCGUUCUUCCCCCAUCUAGCUGCGUUCUUCCCCCUGUUGGAAAUAGGCUGCACUUUGUGCGGCCUCAUGUGGUUUGAGGUGUUCUACGCGCCAGUGGACGACAUGGUGCUGUAUGUGGCCGUGCUGCAAAAGGAAGUGGCCUCAUGCGGCCUCAUGUGGUUUGAGAUGUUCUACGCGCCCGUCGAUGACAUGGUGCUGUAUGUGGCCGUGCUGCAGCAGCUGCGCUACCGCCGCCUGCACUGGACGCUCAUGCCCAAGCCCGACCGUGGGGAGAUAGAGGCACACCAGCUCUACUUGAACUGCGUUAUUGAGAAACCUGCUAGGCGAAAUGCACUCAAACCUGUUGAAUUCGUCUAA